GGGAUUGUUUUGAUUACGUGGCGAACGCGGGGCGCUCGUGGCUCGCGUCGCACCGCGUAACGUCGCGGGACAGGCCGGACGAUGCACGGUGACGACGGAGUCGGCGGCUGAGCGAUGAUUCUCCUGCGUGCGGGCUCGGUCCUCGGCUUGCUCGUCCUGGUGAGCGGCCUGCGGGAGUACGGGAGGCGGGAGCUGGCCGGGCUGCGCGAGGAGGUGCGUUCCAUGUUCGAUUACGCGUACUCCGGCUACCUGACGCACGCCUACCCGUACGACGAGCUGCGCUCGCUGAGCUGCGACGGCUUCGACACGUGGGGCAGCUUCUCCCUGACCCUGAUCGACGCCCUCGACACGCUCGCGGUGAUGGGCAACUACUCCGAGUUCCGCCGCGUCGCCGAGCUGAUCGGCAGCUCGCGCGCCAACUUCGAGGCCAACAUCAACGUGUCGGUGUUCGAGACGAACAUCCGGGUGGUCGGCGGGCUGCUGAGCGCCCACCUGCUGUCGCGCCGGGCCGGCGUCAGGCUCGAGCCCGGCUGGCCCUGCAACGGCCCGCUGCUGCGCCUCGCCGAGGACAUGGCCAGGCGGCUGAUCGCCGCGUUCGACACACCCACGGGGAUGCCGUACGGCACGGUGAAUCUCAAGUACGGCGUGCCGGAGGGCGAGACCAGCAUCACGUGCACCGCCGGCAUCGGCACCUUCCUGCUCGAGUUCGGCACCCUCUCCCGCCUGACCGGCGACCCGCUCUACGAGGAGGUGGCCAUGAACGCCGUCAAGGCGCUGCACUACUACAGAUCCAGCAUCGGCCUAGUCGGCAAUCACAUUGACGUCCUCACCGGCCACUGGACCGCCCAGGAUUCCGGCAUCGGCGCCGGCGUCGACUCCUACUUCGAGUACCUGGCCAAGGGUACGUUGCUGUUUCAGGAUCCCCUGCUGGCGUCGAUAUUCCAGGAGCACAAGCGGGCAAUCGAGAAGUACAUUCGCCGGGAGGACUGGCAUCUCUGGGUCUCCAUGACCAAGGGUCAGGUGACCCUGCCGGUCUUUCAGUCCCUGGACGCUUACUGGCCCGGCGUGCUGAGCCUCUUCGGCGAGAUCGGCGACGCGAUGAAGUCCCUGCACAACUACCACCGCGUCUGGAAGCAAUUCGGAUUCACCCCGGAGUUCUACAACAUACCGCAGGCCGAGGCGGGGACCAACCGGGAGGGCUACCCCCUCAGGCCCGAGCUCAUCGAGUCCGUCAUGUAUCUUUACAGGGCAACCAGGGACCCGUAUCUGAUCCAGGUGGGCGUGGACAUCCUCAGGAGCCUGCAGCACAGCGCCAAGACCACGUGCGGCUACGCGACCAUCAACGACGUCCGGGACCAUCGCAAGGCGGACCGAAUGGAGUCCUUCUUCCUCGCGGAGACCACCAAGUACCUGUACCUCCUCUUCGACACCGACAACUUUAUCCACAACACCGGCUCCGAGGGCGAGAUCAUCGACACGCAGUGGGGCCAGUGCGUGGUGGACGCCGGCGGGUAUAUCUUCAACACCGAGGCCCACCCGAUCGAUCCCGGCGCCCUGUACUGCUGCCGGCCGGCGCAGGAGAUCUUUCCGGACAAGAGGCCGAUCCUCAGGAGGUUCCUGCCGACGCAGGAGAACGCGCCGGACGCCGCCGCCGACGAUGCCGCGGACGACUCCUCGCCGAACGUGUCUUAUCGCGAGGUGGACGUCACCAGCGGGGGGGACCCAGAAGUGCUGCCGAUCGCGAUAGCGAAGCUGUCCGAGAUCAGACGGAUCUACUUCCCCGCGGUCGGGCGGAAGGACGCCGCUCUCAACGAGAGCGCCCUGUCGCCGAACGCCUCGUCGACGGACCCGUCGUCGGAUUCCGCCGGCCGCGAGGACGCGGAGACCUCGAAUCGAAGCGUCCGCUUGCCGACGGCCCAGGUCCUCGCGCCCUCGUCGGCGAUGUACAAGGCCGACGACAGCGAGGGCGUCGACGAGGGCUUCGAGUCGCCGAUACUGUCCGACGGGCGGUACGCCGCACCCGGACUCGCCGCGGAGGGCGGAGCGCGGCGCAACGCCACGCCGGGUCCCGCGAGGACCAGAUUCGAGCCGCAGAUAAUGCUGGAGAACAUCCGACGCGGGAAUCUCUAUCCGACCAACGUCACGGCGCGACACAACUAUCAGAUCUUGUCCUGCCAGGCUCAACCAUUCCUACAACGAAUGUCGAUCAUAGGAGAAUUUUUUUAGAGGAAGGAGAGGAGGAGGACCCCGUGGUCCAGGAAUGUACGCGGAUGUUGUGACAUUUCUCAAAGUAUUUUUCACACGCGCGUCUUUGUUACGAGACUGGAAGAAAUUGUACGCGGCACCGCUGACAUGGCCCGCGUACGUUGUACUUUAGGAUAUAUUCCUGUGAUAUAAUUGUUGUUGUAUAGUUUCUAAUAAAUAUGAAAUAUUGCAAGUGUCGCGGUCCUUUCACACUGGCGACUUUGCUCUCUCAUCUCGAGUGCGAA